CCAUGUUUUCCCCGCUCCCACCAGUUCCCAGAAAGCGCUGUUGUGCGAUGUGUCGUAGUUGGGCAAACCAGCGGAAAUCCCAAAAGAAAUCGCGAACACUGUGUGUGUGGCAGCGAGUUCUGCUGGCGCUAGUCUGUGAGUGCGACGUUUCGGAACCCGAAACAAGAUGACCACUUCAGAGAAGAACCCUCUCAUCGGGGUCCGAAUUGCCACCGAUUACAGAGCAAUCGGUCACAUUGUGGAAGGUCUACUACUCCUCCUGUUCAUGACCUUCACGUUCGCCACCUAUGGUCUACACACGUCCUUCGUUCUACUUUCAGUCCUCGGUGUUUUUGAGGUUGUUCGAGGAUCCUUGUUACUGCGAGACAUAAUCAACGACAACCAAAAAGGCCUAUAUGGGUAUCUAGCGCUCAGUUUCAUAAAUUUUAUUCUGAGGCACGGAUAUGGAAACUCGAGCGACGUACGUCACUGGUUCGGGAGUAACUCGGGACGGAGCUUCGACUCUAUUUACUUUUUCGUUCAGUUGUUCCUUUUCUUCUAUGAAGGAAUCCUGUUUUGCUACGUCGUCAGAUUUUAUGGGAACAUUGAGGUGUUUCGCAACGAAAAAAAAGGAAAUGAUAAUGUCAACGUAUGGAUACGGAUUUUCACCCACUAUCGAGCUGUUGCCCAUGCGGUGGAAGGACUCAUACUGUGUUCGCUCAUAGUCGCUUCCGUAGGGCAACUUUUUAUUGUAUAUGGUAUUUUUGAGGCCGCCAAAGGGACUUUGUUACUCAAAGGAAUCAAAAAGGAGAGCGUCAUUCUCAUUCGGAUAUAUUCAGUGCUACAUUUCUCCAUGCUGUGCAUUAAAAUAGCGCUCGGAAUAUUUGCGGCUGCAGUAUUGUUUGUGUCCGACCCUGUCUUCUUUAUUACUGUUAAACUAGCAGUUUUAUAUCUCACGUACGAGUGGUUUUUCUUUUUCUGUGUCUACAAGUAUAUACGGACUCUGAUUAGGCGUCGACAGAGUAAACAAGGAAGCGAAGGGGGGAUCCCCUAUGAAAAGCUCGGUGAGUUCAUGGGGAUCGAGCGUGAAAAAAAUGGAGUCGAGAAAUCCGGUGAAUAUUUGGGGGUGCAGUGUGAACAAAGUCAAGCAGAUGAACCCAGUGCACAUUUGGACGCGAAGUGUGAGAAAAGUGCCGUGGAAAAACUCACCCAAUAUUUGGAAGCGCAGAAUGAGGAAAAGGGAGCGGAAAAAGUCAUCCCGAAUGUGGAGAUGCAUAUUUAAGUGAUAAUUUUGUUAAACUAAACUUUGUAUUGUAUUUUUUAUAUUAAAAUGCUUAUGCUUG